GUGAGGACGAAGCGCCAUAGCCACGGUAGUCCUGGCGACAAGAACCAAGCAACGAGAAUCAACAACAACAACCUGAAUCUUAAAAAAUAUAAACUCUCAAAUUACAGAGGGAAACCACGGGAAAUUGGAGCGCAGCGUCUCGGCCGCGGUGAUGGCGACUUCAGGCUACGUGGAGGAUCUGCAGCAACCCUCACAGCCACAAGGGGGCAGCGUGACCAUGGCGCCCGGGCAGCACCCUGCCCCGCCCCCUGCUCCGCCUUCCGCCCCUCCGCAGUUCCUUGUGGAGCUGCAGACCAACGCCGCCGCCGCCACCCCCCCUCCCACGUCAACCACGCCCCCUGCCUCAGCCCCUCCCCAGCAAGCGCAGAAGAACGCGGGGGUAUUGGCCACGCCCACGCAGCCCCCUCCCACCCAGUACGUCACCGCGGAGAUCCAGAGCGUGGCCGCGCAGCCCAGCAACGGCCAGAGCACGCCCCAGUACAUAGUGGUCACGGUCACAGAGGGUUCCCUGCACUCCAAUGACUCUGUGUCGGACUCCAGCCCCCCCCCGGCAGGGGUUCAGACGGGGGUCCCCACUCAGGUAGUGCAGCAGGUUCAGACGGCCCAGCAGAGGUCUGUGGUGCAGGCGGUGUCCCAGGCAGCCAAGACCGCACAGAGCGCCCCCCCACUGACCGUCACCAACCUGCAGCCCGUUCAUCUCAGCCAGGAGGUGCAGCAGCAGCUGCAGCAGGUGCCAGUGCAGCAUGUGUACUCCAGCCAGGUGCAGUAUGUGGAGGGUGGAGAUGCAAACUACACCACCAGCACCAUACGCUCCGGCAGCUACACGUACUCCGACAGCCCUCUCUACACCCACACGGCUUCCGGCUCUUACUACGAGGCCACGCCCGCCUCGGCGUCCCAGGUGACCACGCCCGUCACCUCUCAGACCGUGUCGGUGAGCGCGGGAGGGGCGCCGGUCUCCAUGUUCCUGUCGGGGGCGGGGCAGAUCGUGGCCAGCAGCACCUCGGGCACCAGCGGCGGGGGCACCCCCCCUUCCGUGGCCCCGGUGGGGGGGGGCAGCGGCGGGAGCGGGGGCAGCUACGUCAUCCAGGGGGGGUACAUGCUGGGGGUCAGCAACACCAACCAGAGCUACUCGCACAACACCCGCGCGUCACCCGCUACUGUGCAGUGGCUGCUGGAGAACUACGAGACGGCGGAGGGGGUGAGCCUGCCGCGCUCCACGCUGUACUGCCACUACCUGCUGCACUGCCAGGAGCAGAAGCUGGAGCCCGUGAACGCCGCGUCCUUCGGCAAGCUGAUCCGCUCCGUGUUCAUGGGCCUGCGGACGCGCCGGCUCGGCACGCGGGGGAACUCCAAGUACCACUACUACGGCCUGAGGAUCAAAGCCAGCUCCUCCCUGCUCAGACUGAUGGAGGACCAGCAGCACCUGGCCAUGAGGCAGCAGCCUUUCUCUCACAAACAGAGGUUAAAGCCUGUGCAUAAAGUGGAGGGGAUGACCAAUGGGAUGAGCCUGGGGGCGGGGCAGCAGCAGACGGGGCUCGCGGACAUCAGCGCCCAGGUGCAGCAGUACCAGCAGUUUUUGGACGCCUCUCGCACCCUGCCCGAGUUCCCCGAGAUCGACCUCCAGGACAAAGCACUGCCUGAUGGGAUAGCGAUGGAGCACAUCAAGGGCUUUCAGGUGCUCUACCGGGAACACUGCGAGGCCAUCCUGGACGUGAUGAUCAACCUGCAGUUCACUCUGGUGGAGACGCUGUGGAAGUCCUUCUGGAGGUUCAGCGAGAGCCAAUCGGGCGAGUCCGACUCGCUGGGCGUUCACGACGAGUCGGAGAAGCGGCUGCCCAAGUCGUGCCUGGUGCUGCUGUGUAAGUACGAGCCGGUGCUGUGCUGGAGCAAAGACUGCGACAACACGCUGUACCAGGGCCUGGUGGAGAUCCUCAUCCCCGACGUGCUGCGCCCCAUCCCCAGUGCCUUAACUCAAGCCAUCCGCAACUUCGCCAAGAGCCUGGAGAGCUGGCUCACCAACGCCAUGAUGAACAUUCCCGAGGAGAUGGUCCGCAUCAAGGUGACCUCGGCCAGCGCGUUUGCGCAGACGCUGCGGCGGUACACCUCGCUCAACCACCUGGCCCAGGCGGCGCGCGCCGUCCUGCAGAACACGGCGCAGAUCAGCCAGAUGCUGAGCGACCUCAACCGCGUCGACUUCGCCAACGUGCAGGAGCAGGCCUCGUGGGUGUGCCGCUGUGAGGACCGGGUGGUGCAGCGGUUAGAGCAGGACUUCAAGCUGACGCUGCAGCAGCAGAACUCUCUGGAGCAGUGGGCCGCCUGGCUGGAGGGGGUGGUCUCCCAGGUCCUAAAGCCCUACCAGGCCAGCACCUCCUUCCCCAAAGCCGCCAAGCUCUUCCUGCUCAAGUGGUCCUUCUACAGCUCCAUGGUGAUCAGAGACCUGACCCUGCGCAGCGCCGCGAGCUUUGGCUCCUUCCACCUGAUCCGGCUGCUGUACGAUGAGUACAUGUACUACCUGAUAGAGCACCGCGUGGCCCAGGCCAAGGGGGAGACGCCCAUCGCCGUCAUGGGAGAGUUUGCCAGCCUGGGCAGGAGCCUGAGCGCUCUGGAUCCUGAUAAAGAAGAGGAAGAAGAGGAGGAGGAAGAGAGCGAAGAUGAGUGCCAGGACCCGUCGGACCCGGCCGGCCUCGGGGAGGAGUCACUGGAGCCGCCCGCCAAGCUGGCGAGGACUGACACACGGGCACUUUUCAGCACAGGACACGGAGACAACUGACACUGCUCACUCACACACUAUUACACACGCGCACAGACACACACACACACACUCCAUUACACACACACACGCACACUCACACACACACACACACACACACUCCAUUACACACACAUACACACGCACACACACACACACACAUACCCAGCCGCGAUUGGAGCCUUCAGAGCCAGUCCCGGCAGUCCCCGUCAAACUGCCCAAUACAACGCGUGCACACGAAGCAAAAGAUGACGGACAGUUUGUUACCGUGGCUGCGUGUGGAACAGUGCCCUGAGUCACAGCUGUCCGGUCCCUGGGGGGCCACUGCUGUCAAUCAAAGCCCUCGCUGGCCUGCUGCACACAGGUGAUGGGUGUGGCCUGUCGCUGGGGCGAUGGGCGUGGCUUGAGAAUGGGGAUGACUGUAGCUGUAAAGUGUGUUGCUGUUGUGGUCAUGUGACUGAAGUUGUCUUUCUGCUUGUUUGAGUGCCUUCAUGCCUUUGUAGUGUGCACUCAUGCGUGUGUAUCCACGCACGCGUGUUUUUGCGACUGCCUUUGUGUGUGUGUGUGUGUGUGUGUGAGGGAGACUGGGGAAUACAUGUCAACUGGAUUUAUUUCCAAAUGCUUUCAGAAUCAGCCUGGCCAUUAGGGCGUGCAUCACUUAGAGCAAAGCGCAGUUUUUCUCAGAGAGUGCACGUGGGAUCCCUGGGCUUCUGCAGUAUGAUGGGUCACCGGAUAUGAUUGGUCUCGGGAGUGGGCGGAGCUCUGCUGCGUUGCCUGUAGAAACGGGUGGAAAUGAGCGCCUUAUGAGCCAGCAGACUCUACAGGUCAAUGUCAGUGUGCUUAGCUGGGGUUCAAACCACAGCUUUAAACCUCUCGACUACAGAACUGCAUUACAACUGGAACAGCUGAUCCUUUUUCCCCCCGUCUCUGGAUAGCUAUACCGGUUUUAAUGUAGUUCUGUGGUUUAAAACUCCGGCUAAGCACGCUGCAGUUGACCCAGGUCUGCAGCUUCAUGUUUCCUAAUCUUUUUGGAUUUUAGCAAGAUUUUGUAACAAAAUAUUGUCUUAUUGACAAGUUGAUCACAUUUGUGCUUAAAACUAAAAACUGUGUCUAGUCCCAGAUAAAAACAUGCACACGUACACACUCGUGCACCAAAACCACACACACGUACACACUUUUGCACCAAACACACACAUACACACGUACACACUCCUACAC